AUGGUAUUCAGUGGUCAACGUGUAGCACCAUAUGUUGUUGAUAGUUUGAAACGAUAUCAUGCAAUUAACGAUAUUCAUGAAGUUUUACCAAAAUGCACAUAUGAAAAACUUAAAACUAUCAUAAAAAACAAUGUUGACUUAUACAGCUCAUUUAUGAAUAUGAUCGAAAAUGUAACAACACGGAUUUUGUUGAUAAUAGCAAUUGAAAGUAUGACAUACGAUAGUCAACGACAUUUAAGUCAUUUCAUUAAGCGUAAUGAUUUACCAAUUCCAUUCUCGUAUUACUCAUGGAACAAUAUCACCAACAAAAUAGAUUAUAAAAUUAAUUUUAAUUGCAUUCUCGAGCCGUUGUGCUUAACGAAGGACCAUCUAUGUUUACAGAUAGGAAGUGAUUCUGCCAUAGGCAUGGGUAAAUCAAGUCUUUUACCCUAUAUAUUUACAGACAAACGAAAACAGUCACUGUCUACAAGUGCUACUGACGCUGCAUAUCGUAAUUCAUGUAUUGACGUUUUAUUCAGCAAACUACAGUUGAAAUUACAACCAGAUAUCUCUGCCAGUAUAGCACCUUACAUUAUAUUCGAUGUGCAUGGACAGGUAGACAAAAACAAAAAUUUAUUAUUAAUAAAGUCGAUUCAAUUAUACGCAUCUGUGCAAAUGCUGUAUAUUACAAAAAAUGAUUUUCCUCGUAGUAGUAUUAGCAAGAACGGUGAUGAAAAUGAUUUUCUCUUUCGUUGCAUGAAUUAUUCACAAGCAUCAUCCUCUGUCACAGCAACUAUUGUGAUAAUUUUUGAUCAAGAUUAUGAUAACCAAAUAAAAAGUGGCGAACUGGUAAAUCAAUUUGAACAGUAUUAUUCGAAAUAUCAGUGGUCAAAUAUCUACUGGACCACCGCACCACCACUUGACAGCGCAUCAAUCCAAAGCAUUACUGAAUUUAAAAAAAAAACCCGCACACAACGUUUAAUAGAACAAUUCUCUGUUAUAUUUGGUAAAGUACAUGUCAAAGCUCAGGAAAAAAAAGACCUCCUAUUUCGUUCAUCUUUUUCUAUUCAAACCAUGUAUUAUCAACUGACUGGCAAUCAAAAAUCCGACUAUGAACGAUUGAAGCGAAGUGAUAUCAAAUUCGAAACUGAGGAAGAAUUAAAAGAAUUAUUUGAAAAAUUAUCCGACGAUUCAGAUAAUUUGAAAUUAGUCACACCAAUGAGUUAUUAUCAAUCACAACUGGAUAAUAUUAAAAAAAAAUUAGAAGCGAUGCCUCCUACAGCAUCCGAAAAAUCAGAAUUAGAAAAAGGAUUAGAGCAAAUAAGAAGUGAAAAAGAAUCAAAAUGUAAACUAAAUUCUUAUCAUAAAUUUAUGAUUCAGCUAUUGCAUAGCCGUACAUACAUGGAUUUAUUGAUAACAGAAAUGUAUUUAGAAACAUGGAGAAAUAAAUAUGUUCCGCAUUUAAAAGAAAAGCGAGAACAACUUAAAACAGGAAAAGAUGAACAUUUGAAAAUAUUGCAUAAAUUACAGGAUAAGGUUUUAAAAAACCACACAGAUAUUGAAAGUAAAAACGAAUUAGGACGAAUACUUUCAAAAAAUGAUGAGAUGAAACAGAAACUCAUUAAACUCGAUGAUAAAUUGACAAACGUGGAUUUAACCAUUGGACUAAUGUGUGACGAAUUAUAUGCACUUUGCGAGCAAUUGUAUGAUGCUCCGCCAUCGACCAUACCAGACUUUCACAUCGUAUUCGAUAAGAUAGCAAAAAAUAUCGCCAACUUAGUUUAUAAAGGGUUUGCUAUCCAUGUUCUACGCCAUCGACCACUGGUUUGUCAAUCACAUAUGAUGGCUUCGGCUAUUAAAUAUUUAGGUAAAGCUGAAGCAGAGGGCCCAGUCAUUGUUUUGACUGUGGUAGGUGAGCAAUCAUCUGCUAAAUCAUCCUUAUUAAAUGCUACAUUCGGUGCAAAUUUUCGUGUGAGCGCAGGACGAUGCACGAUUGGCAUCUAUCUUGAAAAGGUAUCCGAUGACGCUUUUGAAAAAUGUGAUAUUGCACGCUUUAUAUAUCGAAAAACAGUGGUUCUAUGA